UAUGCGUCGGUGUCAUCUCCAAAUGAAUAAUAGAAUUUGACUUGUUUGAUGCCGUUUUCCUAAUAUUGCCCGGAACUAAACGCGAUAUGUCGAACAAAAUUCAAGUCUCGCUUCCGGAGGAGGAACUGGAUUGGAUACAAUUACGCCAGGAUCUUGGACCCGUUGCCGAGGUGGAAACGACUAAAGAGAAGCUGCAGCGCAAGAUCAAGGAGAAUCCGCUGGUUCCGUUGGGAUGUUUGGCUACGACGGCGGCGCUCACAGCUGGCUUAUACAACUUUCGCACUGGCAAUCGGAAGAUGUCGCAGCUGAUGAUGCGAACUCGUAUUGCUGCUCAGGGAUUUACCGUUAUGGCCCUAGUUGUCGGCGUUGUCAUGACAUACACUGAUAAAAAAUAACUUUAACGAUAUUAUUAUGAUCCUAAAUAUAUAGGCUGAAUUUUCAUUCA